AUGAACAAAACCAUUUGCAAAACGGGACUAGCUCCACCAACGGAAAGGAUGAUCAACCGUACCAUCGACCCGGUGCUCUACGUCAACGAUAACGACAUUCAGUGGGCCUUAAACAGCAAAGCGCUGGAGGAACUCCAGACGUCGUUCAAAGCCGAGACCAUCGGAGACCACAGACAGGUCCUCGACUUGGGUUGCGGCACCGGAGACUUCACUCGAAACGGACUGCUCCCUCGCUGCCUUCCGUGCCGAAGGAUCGUCGCCGUGGACUCGUCCCACGACAUGAUCGACUACGCGAGCAAGCACUUCGCCCAUCCGAACAUUUGCUACGACGUCCUGGACGCUGCGGGGGACGUGUCCGGUCUCGUAGAGCGGUACGGGCAGUUCGACCGCGUCUACUCCUUCUUUGCCCUGCAUUUUGUGAAAGACCAGGAGAAGGCGUUCAAGAACAUCGCCCGGCUCAUGCGACCCGGCGGAGAAUGCCUCUUGCUGUUCUGCUCACGCUCGACUGGGAUGCAAGUGCUGAGAGCGAUUGGCAAGAUGGAACGCUGGAGGAAGCACGCUGACCUAUGCGAAAGUUUGGUUCCCGCGAGCGUGGACCUUCAAGACAAAGAGGACAUCGAGGCCUACGUCUUGGGACUUCUCAGUGCUGCCAACCUGAAGCCGACGACGUGCAAGGUCACUUUCGAGCGAAGGAAAAAUAUCGUCUUGGACGAACUCAUCCGUUUCCACCUGAGCGUUUGUCCCGUUUUGCCUUUGCUGACAGAGGAAGAAAAAGCAUAUUUAGCCGAGGACAUCGCCCAGCAACUUCGGAAGUGGAUGGCCGAAGAGGAGUUGGGGUCAUUCUGGAUCGGUGCACAAGCGGUUCUCGUGCACGCCUUUAAGCCGAGCGCAUGA